AUGAAUUCAGAUGUGAAAAUUCAUUCACUGUUCAACUACGAGCAAUCUCACACGUUUGGCCUGAGGUAAGAUGAAUUCUGUUCUCCGAUCUUCCUUUCAGAAUGAAUGGGGAGCGGGAGCACAAAUCAGAAGUGCAUUGCAUUGUGGGGUUUACCAUCUGGUUAGCCUGUUGUGUCACACACACAUCCUUCACCCAUUGAUCAAUAUGAGAUUGACUCUUUGCUCUAUGCUUAAACAACAUGGACUGCCUGAUAGAAUAAUUCCACUAUAUGAAAAUAGCUAUUCUCAGAAUUGAGUCAUGUAUGUUUUAUUUUUCUUUGAAAAGCAUUCUUAGUUGAAUUAAGGCUAAAGCUGUACUGAGUCACUCUUUUAGACACAGAGAAGACUCAUUAAUAUAAAACUAAAGCAUUUGCUACAGAUAAGACCCCACCAUGGCUGUUAAAGCUACCACAAAGGAUAUUCUUAUUCUAAACAUGAUUUGAUGUGAACAAUUUAUUUUGCUUAUAUUGCUCACAUAUUUUUGGUUAGCUUAACCUCUCUGGAGAAUAAUCUUGGAAAGGGUGAUGUAUUCCACACACACUCCAAACAAACACCAGCUUUCCUCAGUCUUAACACAGCUGGUGCUUUCACUUGAACUAAAGCACACUUCUAGUGGUUAUAGACAUGUCACUGGAUGGCCUCUGCCUCACUGUCUUGUCUCUCUGGGGAGAGGUCAUUAUUACUGAGCCACUGUCCCUCCUCAUGUCCUCAUUUCUCCCAACAACUGUCACAGUCGUCAGUGUGUCGCUGGAGUGGCUGGCGGGACAUCACAGGGAGAAGAACCGGCUUGAGUGGGUGUUAGCUCACAGUUUGUUAGGGUUUCUCCGCACUGAUGUCCCAAAGUGAACACAACAGCUACGUCUUGAAAAUAACUGUAGAAUCUAGUUACAGUUCAUUCUGUCUGAAACUCGUUGAAACCAUAAAGGUUAGAUUUUUAGAUGAAUGGUAAACAGUGAAGGAUGAGGUGGGAAAUGGACAGCCUUCAGAACUCACAAAGCCAUUUUGUCUUCCAGUGGACGUCAAACUGAAUGUCUGAAGGUGCCCAUCACACUGGGGGCAUGAUGACAGUUCACAGCAUCACAGAAAUUAAUCAUCUUGCUUUGACAGAAUGCUCCAUCACGGCAACGACUCGCACCUCUCCUUGCUUAACCAGAUCACUCAAAGUGCUGUCUCUAUAAUGUUUAAUAACACAACCCUUAAUGUAUUUUAACAUAUCGCCCCUGUACUUUUUCCUCUCUGCUGUUUUGAAUGUGAACACGCAGCAGCGUGCGUUCAGUGCUUGUUCUCUGCAAGAGGGGCCACUCAGGUUGUGAGGUCAAAGGGAAUCCUUAGCGAUGGCCGCCCUAGUCAGAGGGAGGGCAAGUCAGUGUUGGUGUCUCGGGGAGGGUGGCGCGGUGGCGGAGACUGCAGAUGAAAGAGUCUGAGCUACAUUCUCUUUGGAGAGACCGGCUCAGCUCCUCCAAAUAUGCAAAAUAGAUCAAUUAAGAGACUGUUGUUUUGGAGGAGGAAGGCUUCCUGUUGACAGAACGCUGUGGCUGUGUAAUUUUCUUGAGCGGUUUUAUUCAGUGUUCAUUUCAGCAGCACGUUGGCUCCCAGUUGUCAUGCUUAAAGUAAUGAUAAUUAAUUGCCCUCACGCUGCAGAGCCUUCUAAUGGUAUGAACAAAGAUGGAGCUCCUCACUCCCUGAAUGCAUGACUAACAUUUAUAAUGUUUACUGCCUCCUGACUGGCUUCUACGGAAUCUUUCACUUAUAGUUCAUGAUUUCAAUGGUGGAAUACUUUCUGCUCUAGGACUGGUAUUUUUUCAUGUUUACAAUAACUUGCAUUCCUGCAGUUUGGAGUCUAUGUUGAAACAAUGCUAUGUUGAAUUGCUUCCAAGUGUCCCAAGAUUGCUUUGGUCUCAGCUGUGAGCAUUUUGGUUGAUUACAGCUUCAGUAUGUUGUGUUGCUGCCCAAACCCUGUUCAAUUGGCUUGUGUUACUGUCACAGCAAAGGGACAAGGCUGAUAUGAACAGACUGCUCGGUAUUAAAUCACAUAAUUAUUAGCCAUUAGAGAGGGAAAUCACUGUCAUUUAACAAUGACACCCAGGGUUGUCCUAUUUUACUGCUCACUUCCACCUGCCUGUUUUAUGUUCUCCACAGAUGCACAAUGUCCCUGUCACAUCGCUCCUGCGUGAUUUAUUACUCUCAACUGCUGCGUUAAUGUUGAAAUCUAUUUCCACAAUUCAGUUAGGGAUUCUUUAUCCCUAUUAUGCAAAGCACUCUGGCUUGGCCCUCUGUGGAGUCUGUUGAUCUACAAGGCAAUAAGGCAGGCGAGCAGAAACAAAUAAUAACUUUGAUAAGACCUGCGAAAAAAUACAACAUGCUGUCCAUUAGUAGGCAGUAGGCAGCUAGACUCAAUGUGUUUUCAGAGCAAGCACUCUAAAUCAAAUGGUUAACUAACUUUAUAAUGAUUAAGUCUGUACGAUCUGUAAUUGUAUGUCCAUGAGAAGUGACGUUUGUUUAUCUAUGUAUUUUCAUGUACUUUCAGAUUACUAAGUGUGAUGUGCUGCAAUCUAGACUCCCUCCUGCUUCUGGAGUCACAGUACAACAUUUCCGACAUGUUGGUGCAAUGUCAGAUGGACAACAUCACCGUUCCAUCGUCUGGUGAAGGGUACUUGAAAAGCUUUUUGUUUUCCUGUGCCUCAUAAUGUUAUGACAGGCUGUGGUUCCACCGUUAGUCUAAUCACGACAAAAUUAGAAAUGGAUCAUUUGCCUUGUCACAGUAAAAUGAAAUAAAGCGUAAAGAAAAGGCCAUUUCCAAAAAUGUAUUUUGAAUGCCUCCAUAAUGGAUAUUGCGACUGGUCAUGAAUUGAAAUGGUCCGAAUUGUCUGGUCACAAAAGAAAUGUGCCUGCAAGCACGGUGGUUUUGUGUCUGAAGUGGAGAUCACCUCAUUUCUCCUCCCAUUGUUUUAUCCCCUCCCCCCUCUCCUCUCUCAGAGAUUUCAUUAUUGAUGGUCUGUCUGUGGAGAGGAACCACAUCCUGGUGCGUAUGAGUGUGAUUGGAGGACCAUCGGAGAGGAGACUUCCCCCUAGGGCCCUCCAGAAGUUCAGUGCUUUUCUACUCACACUCCUUGGCCUAACAUCAAGCAGAGGAAGCCCUGAUGACUGAAGGAAUGGCUUUCCAGAACUGUGUGUUAAACUUAAAUGUUAUCACCUGCAUACAAAACAUUCAUCUUAGCAACCUGGGAACCUGUUCCAGGGAUGUUGUGCUAUUCAGUCGCUUCACUUGCCACAGAAACUAGUGACCUGGAAAGACAUGCUUUAAAUACCACUAUGUCUUUAAUGAAUGUAAAUAGCACAGACAAAGCUAUAAGGAUGAUUAAACAAAACCUCGUUAACAUUUAGACACACUGCAUCUGGAAAGUAAACCAACAUGGCUCUCUGUUCAUAUGUGAGGAUUGACUUUCUAGAUCUUCACAUGUAGAAUAACUCUGAUUUGACUUAUUUGAUAGCAUCUACAGACAAUCAGUAAUACACACCAUUAUUUAAUAUGGCAUGUCAAUAACAUGAUAUAGAUGUACGUAAGCUUGUAGGAGUUUGUAGUAAACAGAGAGAUCACAUUUAUGUUAACAUAAUGAUUAUUCAUCUCUUUUAGGGCAUUGACCCUUAUCCUUGGCCGAUGUUUUCAUCAUGCCCUCUAUUACAUACUGAAUCUCCCAAAGACAUCCUGGGGACAACAGGGUAAGAGGAACAUUCCUUCAACACUGUUGACAUGUACACUAUAUAUACAAAAGUAUUUGGACACCCCUUCAAAUUAGUGGAUUUGGCUAUUACAAUGACAUUCUAGACGAUUCUGUGCUUCCAACUUUGUGGCAACAGUUUGGGGAAGGCCCUUUCCCAUUUCAGCAUGACAAUGCCCCCUUGCACAAAGCAAGGUCCAUACAGAAAUUGUUUGUCGAGAUCGGUGUGGAAGAACUUGACUGGCCUGCACAGAGCCCUGACAUCAACCCCAUCGAACACCUUUGGGAUAAAUUAGAAUGCCGACUGUGAGCCUAAUCGCCCAACAUCAGUGCCCGACCUCACUAAUGCUCUUGUGGCUAAAUGGAAGCAAGUCCUCGCAGCAAUGUUCCAACAUCUAGUGGAAAGCCUUCCCAGAAGAGUGGAGGCUGUUAUAACAGCAAAGGGGGACCAACUCCAUAUUAAUGCACAUGAUUUUGGAAUGAGUUGUUUGGUUAUGUAGUGUAUUUCUGUCUGACUAUGGUAAGGGUAUUAGAUAUACAGCAAUCAUUUUGCAAUAGGUCAAUAAAGAUGUUGUUGUUUGAAGUUCGCAUAUGAAGGGUUUGGGUGACCAUGUCUGUCAUUAGCUGUGGAGUUGGGUGCAGGGACAGAGUCUCUUGAACAAUGCUGUUCAUUCAGCCACAAGAUCUCCACCUGGUGCCAAGGAUCCUCCCCUGAUUAAUUAAUGCUUUAAAACCUUUCCUUUCAUUACAGUUCUGCUUUGCCUGUGGUGUAAAUAUAUAAAAAUAGGCUAUUCAACAGCACUCAAUACAAACAAUGCCCCCUUAAUCAGUAGAGGCAUUGAAAACAAGGCAUUUAGAAAUGUAUAGCCUGAAUUGGAACAUCAAGCAUUGGUUGCCAUUAGAGAUUAAGGCUAGAGAGGCUAAUUGAAAUUCUAAACAAAAGUCUGGGAGGUGAGGUGGCACUUUAGAUUCAGACACAAUGUCAAUGUUGUUUAAAAGGUCAGGGUUCUGAAAUAAAAGAUGUCUCUGAUUGCAUAAUGGAGGCGAUAGGCUCUCCUGAAGGUAAAUUAGGAUAUGAAUGAUUACAUUUGGUAGUCAGUGAGUGAGCGAUGUGUUUUGGUUUUGUCUGUAGACUCUGAGAUAAGUGCCUCCACCAAGGACACAGAGAAGGAUGGGAGCUGGAUGGAUACCUGUAGGAGACAAUACUGUAAAGUCAUGACCACCAAGUCCAACAUUGUCUCAGCAAAUGGUGGGUGAUAUAUUAUGAUGUUAUAAUCAAAUCAAAUCUAAUUUUAUUGGCCACAUGCGCCGAAUACAACAGGUGCAGACAUUACAGUGAAAUGCUUACUUACAGCCCUUAACCAACAGUGCAUUUAUUUUUUACAAAAAAGUAAAAAUAAAACAACAACAAAAAAAGUGUUGAGAAAAAAAGUGCCGAAGUAAAAUAAAAUAACAGUAGGGAGGCUAUAUAUACAGGGGGGUACCGGUGCAGAGUCAAUGUGCGGGGGCACCGGCUAGUUGAGGUAGCAGUGGUCUAAGGCACUGCAUCGCAGUGCUAACUGUACCACUAGAGAUCCUGGUUCGAAUCCAGGCUCUGUCGCAGCCGGCCGCGACCGGGAGACUCAUGGGCGGUGCACAAUUGGCCCAGCGUCGUCCAGGGUAGGGGAGGGAAUGGCUGGCAGGGAUGUAGCUCAGUUGAUAGAGCAUGGCGUUUGCAAUGCCAGGGUUGUGGGUUCGAUUCCCACGGGGGGCCAGUAUUUAAAAAAAAUAUGUAUUCACUAACUGUAAGUCGCUCUGAAUAAGAACGUCUGCUAAAUGACGUAAAAUGUAAAAUGUAAAAAAAUGUUGAAGUAAUAUGUACAUGUGGGCAGAGUUAAAGUGACUAUGCAUAAAUAAUUAACAGAGUAGCAGCAGCGUAAAAGGAUGGGGUGGGGGGGGCAGUGCAAAUAGUCCGGGUAGCCAUGAUUAGCUGUUCAGGAGUCUUAUGGCUUGGGGGUAGAAGCUGUUGAGAAGUCUUUUGGACCUAAACUUGGCACUCCGGUACCGCUUGCCGUGCGGUAGCAGAGAGAACAGUCUAUGACUAGGGUGGCUGGAGUCUUUGACAAUUUUGAGGGCCUUCCUCUGACACCGCCUGGUAUAGAGGUCCUGGAUGGCAGGAAGCUUGGCCCCAGUGAUGUACUGGGCCGUACGCACUACCCUUUGUAGUGCCUUGCGGUCGGAGGCCAAGCAGUUGCCAUACCAGGCGGUGAUGCAACCAGUCAGGAUGCUCUCGAUGGUGCAGCUGUAGAAUUUUUUGAGGAUCUGAGGACCCAUGCCAAUGUAGGGCAAUUAGUUUUUCUAGACCACGUGGUCUGACCAGGAAAAACUCUGGGCUCUAGAUACGACACAGAGUUAUUACUGGUCAGGUCAGAUGGUCAGAGCGGAAAAAAAACGUAGUCCCAGAUUCCUGACUUUGAAUAGUUAAUCAAUAAAACCCCUGAAUCCAUACAGUGGGGAAAAAAAGUAUUUAGUCAGCCACCAAUUGUGCAUGUUCUCCCACUUAAAAAGAUGAGAGAAGCCUGUAAUUUUCAUCAUAGGUACACGUCAACUAUGACAGACAAAAUGAGAAUUUUUUUUCCAGAAAAUCACAUUGUAGGAUUUUUAAUUAAUUAAUUUGCAAAUUAUGGUGGAAAAUAAGUAUUUGGUCAAUAACAAAAGUUUCUCAAUACUUUGUUAUAUACCCUUUGUUGGCAAUGACACAGGUCAAACGUUUUCUGUAAGUCUUCACAAGGUUUUCACACACUGUUGCUGGUAUUUUGGCCCAUUCCUCCAUGCAGAUCUCCUCUAGAGCAGUGAUGUUUUGGGGCUGUCGCUGGGCAACACGGACUUUCAACUCCCUCCAAAGAUUUUCUAUGGGGUUGAGAUCUGGAGACUGGCUAGGCCACUCCAGGACCUUGAAAUGCUUCUUACGAAGCCACUCCUUCGUUGCCCGGGCGGUGUGUUUGGGAUCAUUGUCAUGCUGAAAGACCCAGCCACGUUUCAUCUUCAAUGCCCUUGCUGAUGGAAGGAGGUUUUCACUCAAAAUCUCACGAUACAUGGCCCCAUUCAUUCUUUCCUUUACACAGAUCAGUCGUCCUGGUCCCUUUGCAGAAAAACAGCCCCAAAGCAUGAUGUUUCCACCCCCAUGCUUCACAGUAGGUAUGGUGUUCUUUUGGAUGCAACUCAGCAUUCUUUGUCCUCCAAACACGACGAGUUGAGUUUUUACCAAAAAGUUAUAUUUUGGUUUCAUCUGACCAUAUGACAUUCUCCCAAUCCUCUUCUGGAUCAUCCAAAUGCACUCUAGCAAACUUCAGACAGGCCUGGACAUGUACUGGUUUAAGCAGGGGGACACGUCUGGCACUGCAGGAUUUGAGUCCCUGGCGGCGUAGUGUGUUACUGAUGGUAGGCUUUGUUACUUUGGUCCCAGCUCUCUGCAGGUCAUUCACUAGGUCCCCCCGUGUGGUUCUGGGAUUUUUGCUCACCGUUCUUGUGAUCAUUUUGACCCCACGGGGUGAGAUCUUGUGUGGAGCCCCAGAUCGAGGGAGAUUAUCAGUGGUCUUGUAUGUCUUCCAUUUCCUAAUAAUUGCUCCCACAGUUGAUUUCUUCAAACCAAGCUGCUUACCUAUUGCAGAUUCAGUCUUCCCAGCCUGGUGCAGGUCUACAAUUUUGUUUCAGGUGUCCUUUGACAGCUCUUUGGUCUUGGCCAUAGUGGAGUUUGGAGUGUGACUGUUUGAGGUUGUGGACAGGUGUCUUUUAUACUGAUAACAAGUUCAAACAGGUGCCAUUAAUACAGGUAAUGAGUGGAGGACAGAGGAGCCUCUUAAAGAAGAAGUUACAGGUCUGUGAGAGCCAGAAAUCUUGCUUGUUUGUAGGUGACCAAAUACUUAUUUUCCACCAUAAUUUGCAAAUAAAUUCAUUAAAACUCCUACAAUGUGAUUUUCUGGAUUUUUUUUUCUCAUUUUGUCUGUCAUAGUUGACGUGUACCUAUGAUGAAAAUUACAGGCCUCUCUCAUCUUUUUAAGUGGGAGAACUUGCACAAUUGGUGGCUGACUAAAUACUUUUUUCCCCCACUGUAUUUCAAUGUUUUUGCCAUUCCGAUAUGCUACAAUCUACACUGUAUUUGAGAAUGAUAGCUCUGUUGGGUUAUAACUCAUCUGUUUUAUAUUCAAACCACAGACAGGGACCACAGUUUGUUAACAUUUUAUUGUCCAUUAUGUUCCCAUGAUUAAAUGGACGAACAAUUUGUCAGUGGAUGAAAUGAUAGGCCCAUAUUGGGUGUGCUGCUAGACUACUACAUACUGAAGAACCAAUAUCUUUCUGCCUACAACUGCAAAGGUAUAGAAUAUCACUUUGCCUGGGUAACAGUAAAUAACGGUAAAGAUGACUAACUUACCCACAUAAGAUUUUCAUUUACUGUACAUGUACUGUACUUUUGCACUCUCUGAGGGUGUUUAUGUCAUUGAUUGGUUGCUAUUCAUUGAAACCAUCUUGAUUAUGUGUCAUUGUGUGUUCAAUUGCUUCCUCUGAAUGUCACUCUAAAAGAGUUCCAUUCUGAGUUAUUGGUUGUGAAGGGAUUGCGGUGUACAUAGUAAGAGACUUCCUGAUUGCUUAUUUCAUUCAGAGACAAAGAAGCACCCAGGACGAAGGCCUUUGAUAUAGCUUAGAAUUGAGAAAAAUGGUCUACACAGAGCUGCCUUUCUUCGUAUAAUAGAUCAACAAGAUGCUUGAUUACCUUCUCAUUUUCCCUGCUGUGUGUACAGUAAAGGCUGCACAAUUUGUACUUGCCUGGUGUAGCAUUGAAGAGAAAUGGCUUUUCAAAGGCCUCUGUGAUGUGUGUUUCCUGUCUCCUCCCCAGUCCUGGCUGAUCUAUUGGAGAAGGCUGUGUUGCACCUCUCUGCUUCGCUGUCAGAGCGUUUCUUCCUGCCUGUACAAUACAAAGGUCAGUGUGAGCUGAGGAGCUUACUGUUUCCCUCCCAGCCCCUCAGGGUCUACCUGGGCCUGGUGGGCGAGAGACAGAGAGACUCUCUGCCAUUGAGCAUGUCUGGCAGGAACAUGCCUUAGCCCUAUGAUGUCGACACGCUUCCAUACCAUGUCAGAAACCUAUCUCCCUCUGACCUUUACAUUUAAUUGAUAUGGAAAGGUGUGUCCCCUGCGCCGGGCCCUUUUAUCUUAUAAAGGAAUGACAAUGGAGAUAUUACCCCGACAGGCACUCCCAGUCUCCCACCCAAACUGCCUUACUGAAAUGUCGGUAGACCUCCCCGUCCUCCCAGGGAAAAUAAUGAUUUAGAAAAUCGACUUUUCAUGCAGACUUUUUGUUCUUUAUUCAUAAACUGCAUUCAUCACAUCUUCAAUUUUUAUGAAUUUUGGUUUGAAGUUAUUCCGGUGUUGACACUUUUAUCAAUUAAAAGUAAAGAGCAAAUGAUAGAACAAACGCUCCCAUCCCUGUCACUUUCACAGCUUUGUUAUCUAUAAUUAACUGUGUUUUAAUUAGUGAUGAGUCACUCAUCUGUGUGGACAUCUAAUGUUAGGACAAAUCAGCCUCCACUACUUAAAUAGAACCAAACCUUUUAAAUGCAACUCAAAUAUUGUUAUUUUCCCCAGUAUUAUAAUCGUUUUGCAUGUAUUAUUUAUAUUGUACAAAGUGCUCCAUCAUAACAUCUGGCUCUUUGUCCAGAAGUCCAAAGGCAGGUUAUUUACUGUUCAGUGAAGCAAGUGGAGGCCUCACUCAGGAAAACUGUAAGCACAUUCUCUCCAUCUCAUCACUAGUUAUAGUAUUUAACUUUCCCUUGAAGCUCAAAGGAUCCUCAGUGCUUUGGUGCUCUUUCAUCCGAAUUGGCCUCAUAAUUCUAUCAACACACACCAACGUUUUCAGGGUCCACCGAGACCUCAAUGUUGCCCAUUAUUUAUUGAUGGGAGCUAGCUUCAGUAACUUCAGUCCAGACAAUGAUGGUCUGUCAUUUCUAAGCCAUUGGUGUUGAUUUGAAAUCUUUAUUUUCAUGUUUUCGUGGAGCUUAGUUUGAUGGUUUCCCCAAACCUAGAGGCUAAUAGCAUACCUUUGUAACCUUUGAGACCCCUUCCCUUAUGUAUGUUCCUUUAUGUGUUCCUGUACAAUUCUGUUAGUCAAUGUGUAAUAAUAUAUGGUUGACUUGGUAAAAUACUGUAGGUGUAGAAGUCAGUCAGUGUUUCAUUGAGACCUGUAGGUGUUUGAGUCCUGACGUCUGGAUCAAUACCACGUAUGUUCAGAAUGUAUUCUUUCUCCGCUUCGCUUGUUUAACUCAGGCCAAACGAAAACUGGAGUCUCUUUAUGUGAGACAUGCUCAUCAGAACUGAGCUGUACUCUUGGGCUGUAGCUCACAAUGGAUGGUGAAUCAUAGAAAAAGGCAAAAGAAACUCCAUCUCCCCCUCAGACACACACACUCCCAUGCCCUGUUUUCCCCUUUUCUAAUUUCUUCUGUCAAGUUAUUCCUCCCACCAAAUGGCCCACAGGGGAGCAGCUGUCCUAGCCAGUGUGGGUUGGCUCUCUUCUCCUCUCCUGUCAUGGCUUGUGAUUGACAUCAACAAUAGGUGCAGAGAUUUGCUCAAGUUGAGGUGCUGCCAUUGUGCGGAGCAGAGCCAUUUGCUGGAGCCUUAACCCUGUGAGCUCCUCCACAUCUCUCCCAGGCAUUUCUCACGGACUCAUCUAUCAAGAGGCAACAAUGGCAGAUGGGAGAGAGAAGCCAUUCAUCUCCAUCAGAUAGUAAUUGCAAUCAGGAAGUGGGCUUCGCUGACAUUAAUAAGGAGGGGAGAGUAGUUUCCACAGAACUGCAGCAGUCAGUCUGGAUAUACUUCACUCUCAUCAAGGUCAUUUUCUCAAUUAAAGCAUGCAUUGGUUUCUAUGAUGAAUACAGAUCGCUCGUCUGAUCGUUUCUGCAGUGUAUCACAUAGAGGUGUGAUUAGGGUUUGUGUCAUUUCACCAGAUGAGCGAGCUUUGCCAAAGCCACGUUCUCUUUGCUUUGCCGCAGUCAUUGAAUUUAAAUUUGUAUUAAUGGCUGGGGAGCACGAUUGUGUAAACCCCUGGUAAUUUCCUGUUCCUUUAUUGCCUGUUUUAUAGCGUCGGAGAGCGGCGUAAAGGCUGGCAGCCUGUCGUCUGUGGACCAGCUGGGGAUUCAGGCCUCUCUCAGGUACGCCGUCUGCAUCCUCAAAGUCUGUCUGAACCUCACAGCAUUGUUUCAAUCCCCCCAGUAAGCACCAGCCAUUUUCUCAGAGGGGGUACUCAAUGACCAAUAAAGAUAACUACAAUUAUUACAGAAUUAUACGGUGAUCAGCGGUAUUACAGAGACAUUCUAUAACAAUAGCUAAACUUUCUAUGAACUCCUUUAAGAUAGUUCAUACUGUCUUUUGGCAAUAUGUUAAUGAAGAGUUGAGCAUUAAAACAAGGCUCGUUUGGGCUAAUUAUAUCCAUAUAUAAACCCGAAUUGUUCUGAUUGCACACCUCAUAAUAUGUUGAGUAAAUGAGUCUAAGUGUGAUCUGGAAUCCUGAAUAUUUUCUAACCUACUUUGUGAUGUCUUUGUGACGACGGCCACCAUAAGAUCAGUAGAGCCCUGUUGAAUUUGUGUCGGUUUGUGUUUGUUUGUAGGUAUGGGAGAUAUCUGAUGUUAUUGAGCGAUGACUCUGAGCAGGACCUCUGUCUUUUGGUGAGGCAUUGCUAAGAGCUCCUCUCUCAACAGAGAGCCAAACUCACAUCGGAGCUUUGUAUCCUUAUCAGCUAUCUCUGUUUGACAACCGUACGAAUCACAAAGGGACUGACUUAGCCUCCACUGACUAUUCCAGGGUCAGUAAAGUGAUAACUCUAUUAUUCUCCCUCAGAGGUAGAAUAGAUAUUUUACACCUGUCUUUUUUCAAGGACACAUCGUGAACACUCAGAGGCUUUUAGAAACGGACCUUUUCCUCAACAGAGUGAUACCUGCAGUUCUGCCGAGACUGCUCUCUUUAUUCCAUGGUAAGAGCCUCUCGUUGUUAUGCUCUGUUUUAAAUUCAGAUUCAUACUUCUAUGUUUAGCAUCAUGACUGGCCGCUUCCACUCCCCUGCAGUGCGUGCCUGUCAAUCACAUUGAGAAGGCCCACUGCGUCCAGCCUCAGCCCCCUCAAUCUGUAACCCCUCUCUCCUGCUGCCUACUGAGACUGACCUGUGGUGCCCUAGGUAAGAUGCUGGGGGGAUUGUUAAGUCUGUCUUCCAAGAUGGCGUAGCAGUGCGGUCGCUUUUAUUCAUUGUCCCUGUGUAAAUAUCCCGUUUCUUGUUUUUUUGUCUAUUUUGUAUAUAUUUCUCAAUUUUUACUUUUCAUUCUUUAACUAAAUAUACUUUCCUGCAACCCACCUCACCCAACGUGGAAAGGAUUCUACUAUUUCUUUAUAACUUUCAUCAAGAACCGUAAGCUGAAAAUAGUGGCUACCUGUUAUUAGUCACCGUUAGCGUCUUCACCACUGUCCGUGGCCUACACUAUCCACCAGCCAGCUCUAGCUCUAGCCUGGACAAUUCGUCGGCCAGUCUGCACAGCGUGCUAUCGACCCAGCGUGCUAUCGACCCAGAACUUAUUGGACUUUCUGCCGGAAUCACUGGACCCUAGCGCCGGAUCAUCGCAACCAGCUAGCUAGCUACAACCUGGCUGAUUACCAUUGCCCUAUAGCAAGCACCAGUUAGCCUUGAGCUAGCCUCAGGCCCAUCUCCCGGCUAGGCCCAUCUCCCGGCUAUCUACCUCUCUGUCAACCGGACGGGACCUCCUAGUGUUGACACUGAGCCCCGCCGAUCCAACACGACUGGUCUGCCGACAAAAUAUUCUGAUGUGGUUUCAACAGGCUUCCCGUUGCGACGACCACGAAGAUCCAUCUGCCAGCCCCGGCCCGCUAGCACACGCAAACUACAACUGUGCUCCCUGCUAGCUGUGCUGAAGCACCAAUUUGAACUGCUCUCGGACUCACAUAUUGCUGUUCACUGGACCUUAUGAUCACUCAGCUGCACAGCUGAUGCCUGCUGGACUGUUCCUUUACACGGUACCCUGUCCUGUUUAUUCUGUUUAUUCUGUCUAGCCUUAGCCCAAACGUUAUCACUAUUUCCAGUUGUUGUCUUAGCUCUCUCUAAUAACACCUGUGACUGCUUUAUGCCUCUCUCCCAUGUCAAUUAUGCCUUGCCUAUUGCUGUUUGGGUUAGUUCUUAUUAUACAAUUUCACUGUAGAACCCCUAGUCCCUCUCAAACUGCCUCAAAUAGUUCCUUUGUUCCACCCCCCAUACACACCGAGACCGGCUCAAUCGGCUCAAUCGGUGCCUCCAGUGACGCUAUCUCUUUCAUUGUUACCCAACGCUUAGGGUUACCUGAACUGUACUCAUAUCCUUCCAUAUCCUUUUCUGUACAUAAUGCCCUGAAUCUUUCCUACAACGCCCAGAGAACUGCCCCCUUUAUUCUAUGUACCCAACGCACUAGAAGACCAGUUCUUAAAGCCUUUAGUCGUAUCCUUAUUCUAGUCCUCCUCUGUUCCUCUGGUGAUGUCGAGGCUAACCCAGGCCCUGCAGCCCCCAGUAUCACUCCUACUCCCCAGGAGCUAUCAUUUGUUGACUUCUGUAACCGUAAAAGUCUUGGUUUUCUGCACAUAAAUAUCAGAAGCCUCCUUCCUAAGUUUGAGUUAUUCACUGCGUUAGCACACUCCGCCAACCCUGAUGUUCUAGCAGUGUCUGAAUCCUGGCUUAGGAAGGCCACCGAAAAUUCUGAAAUUUCCAUCCCCAACUAUAACAUUUUCCGUCUAGAUAGAACUGCCAAAGGGGGUGGAGUUGCAAUCUACUGUAGAGAUAGCCUGCAGAGCUCUAUCAUACUAUCCAGGUCUGUGCCCAAACAGUUUGAGCUUCUACUUCUAAAAAUCCACCUUUCCAGAAAUAAAUCUCUCACUGUUGCCGCUUGCUACAGACCCCCCUCAGCCCCCAGCUGUGCCCUGGACACCAUAUGUGAAUUGAUUGCCCCCCAUCUAUCCUCAGAGUUCGUACUGCUUGGUGACCUAAAUUGGGAUAUGCUUAACACCCCGGCCAUCCUACAAUCUAAACUAGAUGCCCUCAAUCUCACACAAAUUAUCAACGAACCUACCAGGUACAACCCUAAAUCCGUAAACAUGGGUACCCUCAUAGAUAUCAUCCUGACUAACUUACCCUCUAAAUACACCUCCGCUGUCUUCAACCAGGAUCUCAGCGAUCACUGCCUUAUUGCCUGCGGCCGUAACGGGUCCGCGGUCAAACGACCACCCCUCAUCACUGUCAAACGCUCCCAAAAACACUUCAGCGAGUAGGCCUUCCUAAUUGACCUGGCCCAGGUAUCCUGGAUGGAUAUAGAUCUCAUUCCGUCAGUAGAGGAUGCCUGGUUGUUCUUUAAAAGUAAUUUCCUCUCAAUCUUAAAUAAACAUGCCCCAUUCAAAAAAUACAGAACUAAGAACAGAUAUAGCCCCUGGUUCUCCUCAGACUUGACUGCCCUUGACCAGCACAAAAACAUCCUGUGGCGUACUGCAUUAGCAUCAAAUAGCCCCCGCGAUAUGCAACUUUUCAGGGAAGUUAGGAACCAAUAUACACAAGCAGUUAGGAAAGCAAAGGCUAACUUUUUCAAACAGAAAUGUGCAUCCUGUAGCACUAACUCCAAAAAGUUUUGGGACACUGUAAAGUCCAUGGAAAAUAAGAGCACUUCCUCCCAGCUGCCCACUGCACUGAGGCUAGGAAACACUAUCACCACCGAUAAAUCUACAAUAAUCGAGAAUUUCAACAAGCAUUUUGCUACGGCUGGCCAUGCUUUCCACCUGGCUACCACUACCCUGGCCACCAGCUCUGCACCCUCCGCUGCAACUUGCCCAUGCCCCCCCCCGCUUCUCCUUCACACAAAUCCAGACAGCUGAUGUUCUGAAAGAGCUGCAAAAUCUGGACCCCUACAAAUCAUCUGGGCUAGACAAUCUGGACCCUUUCUUUCUAAAACUAGCCGCCGAAAUUGUCGCAACCCCUAUUACUAGCCUGUUCAACCUCUCUUUCGUAACGUCUGAGAUCCCCAGAGAUUGGAAAGCUGCCGCGGUCAUCCCCCUCUUCAAAGGGGGUGACACUCUAAAUCCAAACUAUUACAGACCCAUAUCCAUCCUGCCCUGCCUUUCAAACGUUUUUGAAAGCCAAGUCAACAAACAGAUCACCGACCAUUUCGAAUCCCACCGUACCUUCUCCGCUAUGCAAUCCGGUUUCCGAGCUGGUCAUGGGUGCACUUCAGCCACGCUCAAGGUCCUAAACGAUAUUAUAACCGCGAUCGAUAAUAGACAGUACUGUGCAGCCGUUUUCAUUGACCUGGCCAAGGCUUUCGACUCUGUCAACCACCGCAUUCUUAUUGGCAGACUAAAUAGCCUUGGUUUCUCAAAUGACUGCCUCGCCUGGUUCACCAACUACUUCUCAGAUAGAGUUCAAUGUGUCAAAUCGGAGGGCCUGUUGUCUGGACCUAUGGCAGUGUCUAUGGGGGUGCCACAGGGUUCAAUUCUUGGGCCGACUCUUUUCUCUGUGUAUAUCAAUGACGUCGCUCUUGCUGCUGGUGACUCUCAGAUCCACCUCUACGCAGACGACACCAUUUUGUAUACAUCUGGCCCUUCAUUGGACACUGUGUUAACAAACCUCCAAACGAGCUUCAAUGCCAUACAACACUCCUUCAGUAGCCUCCAACUGCUCUUAAACACUAGUAAAACUAAAUGCAUGCUCUUCAACCGAACGCUGCUUGCACCCGCCCACCCGACUAGAAUCACUACUCUCGACGGGUCUGACCUAGAGUAUGUGGACAACUACAAAUAUCUAGGUGUCUGGUUAGACUGUAAACUCUCCUUCCAGACUCACAUUAAGAAUCUCCAAUCCAAAGUUAAAUCUAGAAUCGGUUUCCUAUUUCGCAACAAAGCCUCCUUCACUCAUGCUGCCAAACAUGCCCUCGUUAAACUGACUAUCCUACCGAUCCUUGACUUCGGCGAUGUCAUUUACAAAAUAGCCUCCAACACUCUACUCAGCAAAUUGGAUGUAGUCUAUCACAGUGCCAUCCGUUUUGUCUCCAAAGCCCCAUAUAAUACCCACCACUGUGACCUGUACGCUCUUGUUGGCUGGUCCUCACUACAUAUUCGUCGCCAAACCCACUGGCUCCAGGCCAUCUAUAAAUCACUGCUAGGCAAAUCCCCGCCUUAUCUUAGCUCAUUGGUCACCAUAGCAACACCCACCCGUAGUCUGCGCUCCAGCAGGUAUAUCUCACUGGUCAUCCCCAAAGCCAACACCUCCUUUGGCCGCAAUUCCUUCCAGUUCUCUGCUGCCAAUGACUGGAACAAAUUGCAAAAAUCUCUGAAGCUGGAGACACUUAUCUCCCUCACUAACUUUAAGCAUCAGUUGUCAGAGCACCUUACCGAUCACUGCACCUGUACACAGCCCAUCUGAAAUUAGCCCGCCCAACUACCUCAUCCCUAUAUUGUUAUUUAUUUUGCUAAUUUGUACCCCAGUAUCUCUAUUUGCACAUCAUCUCUUGCACAUCUAUCAUUCCAGUGUUAAUACUAAUUGUAAUUAUUUUGCACUAUAGCCUAUUUAUUGCCUUACCUCCAUAACUUGCUACAUUUGCACACACUGUAUAUAUAUGUAUUUCUGUUGUAUUUCUGUUGUAUUUUUGACUUGCUUUGUUGUAAAUCGCACUGCUUUGCUUUAUCUUGGCCAGGUCGCAGUUGUAAAUGAGAACUUGUUCUCAACUGGUUUACCUGGUUAAAUAAAGGUGAAAUAAAAUAAAUAAAAAUAAAAAAAUGCUGUAGUUGUUGUAGUGGACCUGUCCCUGACAUUACCCCUGGUCUGGCUGUUCUGCUGGGGGGGGCCAGUCAGACAGUCCUAGAUGUUGCACUUUGACUCCCCUCCACCAGACACUCUGCAGGGAGCCUACCCCGGCCACGACUGGUUUGCCUCCACUGUGUUCCUCAUCAUGGCUGGAGACAUGGAAAGAGCCCUCCACCUCCUCCUCCACCUCUCCACCCUGCUCACAUCGGCCUUCCUCUGGCCCGCCAGGCUCCUCGGAUUG